GAUCUUUUGCUCUGUGUUUGUCAAGCCAGCCCAAUUUGGUUCUAUCUUGGCGUUUGUCUGGGCCUCUCCCUGUUCCAUUUCUUUUCAUUCCUCUGUUUUCCUCUGCUCGAUUACAGAGUCACACACGCGAAGAACAACAAUCAUGGGUCUCUCAAACAUUCUUAAUUUAUCUGAAGGGAUUCUUCCCGCUCUCGUGGUGAACACGGUGCUCUCAGUGGUUCUUCUGAAGAACAUGCUGAGAUCUGUUCUGGAAGCUGUUGGCGUGACAUCCUCGUCGUCUUCGUCGUCGUCUUCUCAGAACAUGGAGGAAGACUCCGAUGAAGAAGGGGACAGAGAGAGUUGCGGAAGAAGGAGGGUGUCGAUAACACAGUACAAGGAGGUUUGCGGAGGAACAUCAACGAGUGACUCUGAUUCGCGUGUGGGUGGAUUGGGUACGGUGGAGUGUUGCGUAUGUCUGAGUGGGUUCGAAGCGAAUCAAGAGGUGAGUGAAUUGCCCUGCAAGCAUUUCUUCCACAGAGGUUGCUUGGACAAGUGGUUCGAUAAUAAACACUUAUCUUGUCCUCUUUGUCGUUCCAUAGAUUAGCUUUAGGUUCUUACAAAACCAAUCUCAAGAUACUUAUUUUGUUUUUUGGGUUUUCUCUUAUGUUUAAUUUGUAACCCUGAUCAGUCUGGUAAACUCCUUCCCCUGUUUCUUUGUCCUUUUUCAUGCAUUCAUUUUUGACAAAAAUCAUAGGAUAUGUGGAAUUGCAAAAAGGCUGUUGAGGGAUGGGAUGGGAAUAUAUACUUUUAUUUGAUUCCGAUCAAUGAAUUUAAUUUGAGCACAGUUUAGGUGUAUGUAUGGUUUUCAUAUAUACUUUUAUUUGAUUCC